GCCAACUCGGCCAAGAAAGAAAAGAAUUUUGUUAAAAUGCCUUGUGUUGGUUGUGAAAAGGAGUGCAAAUGUACGGCUGAGAAAUGUGCCGAUGGUUGCAAGUGCAGUUCGCCCGGAAAAUGUGGCUGUAAUCCUUCAAAUGUGACCCAGCCAUCAGGUGGCGGCUGCUGCAAGAAAGUGGAAGCUGCUGUCGUGAAAACAGAGAAAAGCUGCUGUAAGGACACUAAGAAGGAAUAAAUAACGCAUUUAUGUUUUGUUUUUAUGAUAGAAAUACAACUGCUAGAUAGAGCUAUUCAUCAUGCAAUUUUAAUUUUCCUCAAAUAUAAUCAAAAACAAUUGAUUUACUUUAACUUAUUUAUUUAACUAUUAGACCUUUACCAACAUUGUGACUUUGUGACGAUGGCAAUGCAUUGUGUUAAAACAAUAAAAUUAACCAAAAAUAAUGCAAA